AUGACCAAAUCUAAGCCCGAGUUCAGCAUUCUCGUCAUCGGGGGAGACGGGAUUGGCCCUGAGGUCACCGCAGAAGCUACAGCUGUUCUCGACGUGAUUUCUAAACACCCGAAAAGCCGCGCAGCAUUCAAACUUUUACCCCGUCUCUUUGGCGGCUGCUCGAUUGACAUGCAUGGUACGCCAGUGACAAAUGAAGUGCUGGAAACAGGCCGCAAAGCAGAUGCAAUCCUCAUGGGGGCAGUUGGAGGCCCAAAAUGGGACGGCAUGAGACGAGGAUUUGAAGGCCCCGAAGGCGCCACAUUGCGUCUACGUGAUGUUACGCAAGUCUAUGCAAACCUACGACCAUGUGAAUACUUUGCCGCAGGAAAUAGUCCCCUCCGCGACGAACUCAUCCGUGGAGCAAAGUUCAUCGUGCUACGUGAGAACUGUGGUGGACCUUUUUACGGACCCAAAGAGGAGACACCCGACUACGCCUCUGACUUGUGGUCAUAUAAGCGCUCAGAAAUUGAGCGCAUCGCUCGCAUGGCUGCUCAUCUAGCUUUGUCAAGUGCUAGUCCAAAGAAAACUGUCACCAGCUGCGACAAGGCCAAUGUUUUGGCUAGCUCCAGGCUUUGGAGAAAAGUUGUCCAAGAAACGAUUGAGAAGGAGUUUCCAGAAGUUGAGAUUGUACACCAGCUUGCCGAUAGUGCCACUACUCUGAUGAUGAUGCGACCAACCCUUUUCAACGGAGUCAUUCUUGCGGACAAUACGUUUGGAGAUAUUCUUUCCGAUCUCGCAGGUGUAAUUCCGGGGACAUUGGGUGUUCUUCCUUCUGCUUGUUUGGCUGACAUUCCUGCACAAAAUUGGGGAGAUGACCCAGUCAAGGGAUUCUACGAACCAGUGCACGGUUCAGCACCGGAUAUCGCAGGGAAAGGGAUCGCAAACCCCAUUGGCGCAAUUUUAAGUGUAGCAUUGAUGCUCCGGUACAGCUUCGGAAUGGAAGAAGAGGCUGCAGCAGUCGAGAAGGCUGUCAAUUCGACUUUGGAUGCAGGUUUUCGAACGAAAGAUAUGAGAGGAACGACCUCUACGAAGGAUAUGGGAAGCUUAGUUCGGGAAGCAUUGCAGCAACUAUUAGACCAGUAA